CACACACAUGCAUGCAUGCACACACACACCUCACACACACACACAUGCAUGCACGCACACACACAUAUACACUCCUCACACACACACAUGCAUGCACGCACACAAGCACACUCCUCACACACACACACACACACACUCCUCACACAAACACACAUGCACACACACACACACACACACACACAGUUUUCUGAAUAUACUGAAUGCAACUCAUUUUGUGUGAAGAACUGUAACUUCCCCAACAUGGCUGCUCGCUUUUUUUCCCUCAAUAUUGAUUUCAGUUUUUUUUAUCGAGCAGCUGUCACAAAGUUUUCCGUUUCUGUUACAGAUCGAGUUCAGCGGAGACCAGAUUGAAGAGUUCAAGGAGGCCUUCAUGCUGUUUGACCAGACCACCGGUGGUGAGAUGAAGAUCACCUACGCGCAGUGUGGGGACGUCAUGCGCGCCCUGGGCCAGAACCCCACCAACGCCGAGGUCAUGCGGGUCCUGGGGAAGCCCAAAAACGAGGAGAUGCACAUCAAACAGAUGGACUUUGAAACCUUCCUGCCCAUGUUCCAGCACAUCUCCAAGUCCAAGGACCAGGGCACCAGCGAGGACUUCAUCGAGGGCCUUCGCGUCUUCGACAAGGAGAGCAACGGCACCGUAAUGGGGGCUGAACUCCGCCACGUGCUCGCCACGUUGGGGGAGAAAAUGACGGAGAAAGAAGUGGAACAGUUAUUCCUUGGCCAAGAAGACAGCGAAGGCAACAUCAAUUACGAGGGUGAGAAACUCCACACGGGGGGAGGGAAUGGCUUUAAGAUUCAUUUUAAUUUAUUGUAUUUAUAUUAGCAAAAGCGCUUUUCUCAUACUCAAAAGCACUUUACAGUAAUGAGGGCAAAACUGGCCAUCAAUGUGCAGCUCCCACCUGGGUGAUGCAACGGCAGCCAUUUUGUGCCAGAAUGCUCACCACACACCACACACAGAGGGAGAGAGCUAUUAUAUAACGCAGGUUGAAAGAGCUGAGGUAUGGAAUGUAGCCAGAACACCAGGGAACCCCCUGCUCUUUCUGUCAGGGGAUCUUUAAUGGUGCCACAACGAGCCAGGACCUCGGUUUAAGGUCUCACCUGAAAGACGGCGUCUCCUACAGCACAGUGUCCCCAUCACUUACUUGACUGCCGGUUCCCACGCCGUUGACGGCGUUAACCUUUCAC